UGCCGGUCUCGCCGACUAAUUCUCUUUAUUCCGGAUUCUCUCGCUGCACGGCCCAGAUUUUUGGAGCAAAGAUUUCACAAUACCCACCAUCACUUCACUCUCACUCACUGAGCCGGUGAGGCCGAGACGAAUCGAAUAACCGCCACCGCCGGCCGAACGCCGGUUACGACAGUGUCGUCGAAGGCCAGCUUGGUCUCUGUCCGUUUUCCUCUCAAAUUCAAAACUGAUACCACCACUCCAAGCUCACCGGAAACGUACUGUUGAAGGCAAAGCAGACAACAGUGGAGCCGUUUCUCUUCUGCUCCAGCACGCAGGCGAUUUCUAUUUGCAGGGUGUUGAUAUCUUGUAUUAUGCAACAUGGAAGGCCACAUAGAUGAUGAUAACAGGGGAAUGGAAGCUUCUGGGAAUGCCAGUUUUAGCAUGUAUGAAGUUCAAACAAUUGAAGAACCAUACAAUGAUGAGAGGUGUGGAUUGUUAGGGAGUUCUCAGGGAGAGUUAGGUAUUUGUGGGGAUCAUGCCAUCCAAGAACCAUACGAGGGAAUGGAAUUUGAAUCUGAAGAUGCUGCUAAAAUAUUCUAUGAUGAAUAUGCUCGACAUGUAGGGUUUGUCAUGCGCGUUAUGUCUUGUAGACGCUCUGAAAGGGAUGGAAGGAUUCUUGCCCGUAGGCUUGGGUGCAACAAGGAGGGUCAUUGUGUCAGCAUUCGAGGGAAAUUUGGACCAGUUCGAAAGCAAAGGCCAAGCACAAGAGAAGGUUGUAAGGCGAUGAUUCAUGUCAAAUAUAAUAAGUCUGGAAAAUGGGUGAUAACUAAGUUUGUGAAAGAUCAUAAUCACCCACUGAUAAUUUCUCCUCGUGAAGCUCGCCAAACAAUGGAUGAGAAGGAUAAGAAAAUACAGGAAUUAACGGCAGAGCUUCGGAAUAAAAAGCGGCUGUGUGCUAUAUACCAAGAACAGCUAACUGCUUUUAUGAAAGUUGUUGAAGAGCACAAUGACAAGCUUUCUGAAAAAAUUCAUCAUGUAAUUAACAAUUUAAAAGAAUUUGAGUCCAUAGAGCAGGAGCUCUUCCCCAAGAGGUAGCAUUGGCAAUAAGGUGAGUGUUCAUAUUUUGAACUUUUUAGUAAGAAGUUAAAUAUUCUACCUCUGUUUCUGUGCUGUUUAAAUUAUCACUAAUGUUCUGCUCUUUAAUGAGAGAGAUUUAUGGCGACAUUUUCAUGGAAGAUUGCUUCUGCAUGAUUUGCAAACUAGCAAUGACUAUAAUUCUUUCACCCGACGAUGGUCAACUAAGGAUUUGAAUGAGCAUGCUCAGUGUAAAUGCGCAUCCAGUAAUUUUAUCAGUUGGCAUCCUUCCUACUCGAACUUGAAAGAAAAUCAUCCUUCUCCCCUAUCAGUAACAAUUUCUUAUCAAAUUUUACUUUGUAGUGUUAUUACAUAUUUACCAUUCACUUUCCUUCGUAUUCUUUCUGAGACACACAUCUCUUUGUCUCUUUUACCCUUUUAACUUUCUACUGUUCACCAGAUCUUCAUCUCUUCCCCAUGUCCUCUCUCAUGGUAAAUAUUAUCAAGGCAAGACUGAUUUAAAUAUGAACUCGUUCCCUAAUCUAUCAUCAAUACUGAAUUAGAAUCCCUUUCUCUAAAUAUCACAUGAACCAAUCAAACUCAGCAAAACCUCCUCUUCUGCGUCAUCUCAGCUGCUGGGGUAAGCCCCUCGUUCUCUGAAUUAUCCUUUUUUCGAAAACAAGUGCUUUUAAGAAUAUUCUUUUCCACAAAGCUAUGUUGUAUUGAAUUAAUGCCUGUUUAACGUAGUUCAUUUACUAUGAGGCUCUUGUCUUUCUAAGUUAACUCAAGUGAGCCACCAUGCAUUUGUAUAAAGAAUCGAAAAUGAACCACACUAUUCACAGCUUGUAAACAGUUAUACGUUUCAUAUUUUGUAGUGAUGGGUAUAUUACAUUCAAGCAUCUGAUUGCAAACUUGACUUAUUUAUUUCAACACAAUCAGGAUACAUUGUUUCAGUGAUUUAAGAAAAUUCUGUAAAGUGACUUUAGCAAAUUCUUUUAACUAACUUUUCAAGAUUUUUAUUUCUUGCACCCUGAAUGUGAUUUUCAAAAUGAUGGGGUAAGAGUUCAGUGUUGAUGAUUCCAUGAGCUAGGAGGGUUAAGAUUUUGAUGCUUUGUAAUUCCAAGAACAUGAAGAGAGAUAGAAAUACUGUUUAACCUCCCUACUGUAAGUCAGAUUGAUGCUAAAUUUGAAUAAUGUUUCUCAUGUACCGAAUCCAUAUUACGUGCUGGACUCUCUGCAGGUCAGUGUGACCAAUUAUCUGAAUCUAACGGGAAAAGUCAUUUCAAUGCAGAAACAGGGAUGAUUAUUGAUUGAAAGGAAGGCUUUCGUUUUCUCUUAUUGUGCUGACGUUGAUGCAGUGGUAAAUAAUAAUAUAUGUCCAGUCCAGCAUUGUGAACCAGAACUGGUGUCCAAUUUUUAUGGACUGUGAGUAAAUUACUAUUUUCUUGUAUGAAGCACACCUAACCUCGUAAUAUGAUCUUUUUAAAUUGUAACUCUCAAUCUAGUUUCUCAGUAAUUUUCCCCAAAUAAACUUUACGCCUUUAGAAGACCAAACUGAGAUAUUAGUCUCCAUGGCUUCAACUGAUGGGGGGGUCAAAAUGAUUUGGGAAAAAAUUGUUGAGAAACAGAAUUGAAAAGUUUGAUCUUUUAAAUUGUAACUCUCAAUCUAGUUUCUCAGUAAUUUUCCCCGAUAAUUUUUGCCCCAAACUGAGAAAUUAGCCUCCAUGGCUUCAACUGAUGGGGGAUGAAAAUGAUUUGGGUAAAAAAUUGUUGAGAAACAGAAUUUAAUGUGUCAUACUAUGAAGAACCAAACUGAGAAAUGAUCCUUCAAGAACGACAGUAAUUUACUCAGGAAUUUUCAAGAAGUCAAUAUCUGAGAUUAUGACUGGCCACCAUAUUGCUGGGAAAGCAGAAUGAUGAUGAUCUCUCCGUAGUGUGCAACUUUAUACAUACUUGUGUUAGUUCUGUACGUACUUGGUUUCGUGAGGGAAUGAUGUAAUCUUGUAUCAGUUUUCUCCCUCAUUUAUUAGCAAUUGUAAAAAUUAUGAAUAGUUUUGUUCUCAAACAGUUUGUAGCAAAUUUUUAUUUUUGGUGGAGUUUACGUCGUCUUUUAUAAAUUUGUUUUGUAUAACCUCCAUUUUCUCUUAAUGUAAAUUUGGUACGUCAAAGUAUAAUUAAAAAGA